GGAAGGUGGGGCCUGUACUCGGCAAGAGAGCUUAUGUCGGACAAGGGCAGGACGCCGGUUUGAGGCCAGCCGAUUCCCCCCCCCCCCCCCAUUCCCCACCUCCCUGAGGAUGCUGACUGCCAGGGAACCCCUCUGCGGCAAACCCUUCGCCAUCCAUCAGCGGGGCCCAAGGCUGGUGGGGGCGGUUAAUGCACCCCCAAGGGGUAUGGAUGCUCCUGUCCACAACACGCGAAAGUCACGGAAUACUCAGUAUCUUAAAGAUCGCUGCGAAGAUAUAAUGCCAAGGAAAGUUACCAAGACAGAAUUGAAGUCUGCCACGAUCCAGGAUGUAGCCAAAGAGAGGACGACAACCACGACGCGAUCAAGGAAAAGAAAGGCAGAUGUUGCUAUUUAUUUGCAAGAUCCGGAUGAAGAAGUUACUGAGAUGACAAAGAAGAAACAUUAUGAAUGUGAGGACUAUCCGGACCAAGCAGCGAGUCCUUGUGGGCGGAUACCCACGCCUGAAUGCGAAGCCCCUCUACUCCCCAGCUGUGAUGCUCAGCUUAUGAAUUACCAGCAGCACAGCUUCAGGCACCACUGUGUCACACCCACCCGCUCGUCCCCCCUUCCUGUCCUCUGCUGGGCGAACAAAGAAGAUGUUUGGAGUAAUCUGCUCCAGAAGGACCAUUCCUACCACCAAGAUGGUGGAUUCAUGGAAAGGCAUCCACACUUGCAGCCCAAAAUGAGGGCGAUUCUGCUGGACUGGCUAAUGGAGGUUUGUGAGGUGUACAAGCUGCACAGGGAGACAUUCUACCUAGCCCAGGACUUCUUUGACCGGUUCAUGGCGACUCAGAGGAACAUCCUCAAAACGACGUUACAGCUCAUCGGAAUCUCUGCGUUGUUCAUCGCCGCCAAGCUGGAGGAAAUCUACCCACCCAAGUUACACCAGUUUGCCUAUGUCACGGAUGGGGCCUGCGCAGAGGAGGAGAUCCUCACUAUGGAGUUGAUUAUCAUGAAGGAGCUAAAAUGGCAUUUGAGCCCCCUCACUCCCAUAUCCUGGCUCAAUGUUUACAUGCAAGUGGCCUAUCUGAAGAACACGGGCGAGGUCCUGUUGCCCCAGUUCCCACAGGCGACAUUCGUGCAGAUAGCAGAGCUCCUGGAUGUAUGCGUGCUGGAUGUCCGGUGCCUGGACUUCUCAUAUGGGAUGCUGGCCGCCUCUGCACUCUUCCACUUUUCCUCCCUGGAGCUCGUGCAGAAAGUCUCAGUUUUUCAGUGGCCUGAGAUGGAGCAGUGUGUGAAAUGGAUGGUGCCCUUUGCCAUGUCGAUCCGGGAGGCAGGCAGCUCUUCACUCAAGACCUUUAAGGGCAUCUCUGCGGACGAGAUGCACAGCAUCCAGGUCCACGCACCAUACCUGGACUUGCUGGAAAGGGCCCAGUCAUACCAGCUGGUGGAUGUGGAGCGGAGUCAGAGGUCCCCUCUUCCCUCUGGUGUCCUGACUCCACCCCCCAGCAGCGAAAAACCGGAGCCAUCCGAAAGCUGAGCGCCUGGCCUGCGGGUGUGGCCGCCUCCAGGAAGUCGAUGAUGGAGGCGACUGGGCCCUCUGAAUGCUGCUAUAGAUGUAACUUGCACGGACGCGCCGUGGAUGGGGCGCGUGUGAGGAUGCGUGUGCUCGAAACUUUCGUCCAACAUCAACAUGGCCAGCGGAAAACGAAAUGUUGAACCACUUGCAUCUCUGGGUUAUCAUUGCCAAAACCUAAUAGUUUUUAUUAUUUUUUUUUUAACCCCCCCC